AGUUGGCGCUGCCGAUUAAUCGUGAACCACGGAGCGAAGUUGCACAGAUUUGAUCGUGGCUCUGCUCUAUCGCUGUGUGAUUUUUUGGUUAAGGUUUUGGAAUCCGAUAAUGCCUUCUUCUUUGCUCUCUCACUCCUUCUUCUCUCUCUCAGAUUCCGUUUAGCAAUUUCUUUGCUUUUCAAUUCUUCUUCUUCUUCUUCUCCUCCUCCUCCUCCUCCUCCUCCUCUCCGUUCCCCUUUUCUGGGCAUGUUUCUCCCACAGAUUUAGCCUCUUCAUCCUCUCUUUUUCGGCCCCUCAACCGGCGGCGAUGCACCGGGACCGUCCUGCGUUUGGCGGCGUCGGCACCGGCGCCUCCAAGUUGGACGUCACUCCCAUCGAUCGGAAGCGCAUCAAUGAGGCUCUCGAUAAGCAGCUCGAGCGAUCCUCGCCCUCGACUUCUCGUACCGUCAUUAACGGCAAGGAUAAUAAGCCCUCUGCGCCUCAGUCGGUUUUAAUGACGAAGCCGCCGUCUGAUCAGAGAGACUCUCACUCUGCAUCUCUCUCUAAGACCAACUGCUCUGAGGAGUCUGAGACUGACAGUGAAGAGUCAGAUGUCAGUGGAUCUGAUGGUGAUGAUAUAUCUUGGAUUUCAUGGUUUUGUAAUCUGCGAGGAAAUGAGUUCUUCUGUGAAGUGGAUGAUGACUAUAUACAAGAUGACUUUAACCUUUGUGGGUUAAGCAGCCAAGUUCCAUACUAUGAUUAUGCUCUUGAUUUGAUUCUGGAUGUUGAAUCCUCUAAUGGUGAUAUGUUUACAGAGGAACAGAAUGAACUAAUUGAAUCUGCAGCUGAAAUGCUUUACGGUCUAAUUCAUGCGAGAUACAUAUUGACAAGUAAAGGAAUGGCUGCUAUGCUUGACAAGUUCAAGAAUUAUGACUUUGGGAGAUGCCCUAGAGUUUACUGCUGUGGACAACCCUGUCUUCCUGUUGGUCAAUCAGACAUUCCUAGAUCAGGCACCGUCAAGAUAUACUGUCCAAGGUGUGAGGAUGUUUAUUAUCCUCGAUCGAAGUAUCAAGGUAACAUUGAUGGAGCUUAUUUUGGAACUACAUUUUCUCACCUCUUCCUGAUGACAUAUGGUCACCAUAAGCCACAAAAAGCGGUUCAGAGCUACGUUCCAAGAGUUUUCGGGUUCAAGAUCCACAAGCCAUGAAGCUGAAACUUUAAAAGCAUUCACUUGGGUGAGUUCUAUGCAAUCUUUAUUUGCUGAAAUUUAUCUGGGAAAGACAUGCUUUUGAGAAUUAGUUUAGCAGAUGCUUCCUUUGAGAAUUAAUUAAUAACGAAGAAGAUUCCUCCCUUUAUCCGCCUCGCAAUGUUAGGAUGAGGCAUUCAUCUACAACCCCUUGUGAAUGGAGGUGCCAAUUCUCAUGAUGGCUCGUAUUUGGUGAGCUUCU